AUGGAAGGCCACAUUAAAGCAAACAAAUUUUUAGAAGAAGUUAUAAACGCCCAACAAAACACUAAAAACGCAAUUAAAGAAAUAGCUCGUUUUGAAGAAAUGCUUAAAUUACAAAACGUUCUCCCAACUGCCAUAUUAAAUAACUUAAAAUUGAAAAAAGAACAACUUCAUGAAUACAUAAUACGUUUAAAAAAACUGAACGGGUUGAUUACAAUAACAGUCGAAAUGCAUCAACAAAUGCAACGGGAUGUUUCUGUUGUUGAAACAACUCCAAGUGUAUCCAAAAGCAAAGAAGACACAAAUCAUCAAUUGGAUGCCAUAUUAAAGGAAAAAGAAAUUAUUGAAAAUAAGGUCAAUGAACUAGAAAGAAACAUUCGAGUUACAUUUAAAAAAGUUGAAGACUUGGAAAAGAGUAAAGAAGAAACGAAUAGUGAAAUUAGUCGAUUAAAAAAAGAAAGAGAUGAUUUGUUUAAUAAAAACAACGAACUCACACAAAUAAUAAAAGACAAGGAAUUAAAAGAACAAAAUGCUUUGAAAACCAAUGAAGAAACACAACAAAUGCACUCACAUGAAAUUUACUUGACAAUAGAAGAGGUGUAUUGUGGGUGUCAAAAGAUGAUCGCAAAUUUAUCUUCAAAUAACACCGAAGAAGUGUUUCUUGUCACUUUUAAAAAGGGAAUCAAAGAGGGUGAAGUUAUCAAACUGAAUGGUGUUGAGUACGUUGUGAAAUAUUUAAAACACCCGUUUUUGUCAAGACGAGGUGAUGACUUGGUUGUCAAUAAAAACGUCUUCUUAGAUAAGGGAGUCAGACACCCAGCACUUUCCGCUGUGUUUAUGAAGAGUGGAUAUCGAACACUGUUGAGUCUAAAAGGGUUUACCGAGCAAGGGAAAACAGUCUUUGAUGAUGGAUCUACAACAGUUAAAUCGUUAUAA